UCGAACAAAAGUAAUUCAAAACCUCACCAGCGUCCGACCGUCUCCGCCGCUCCGGUAAACCCUCAUCCGCCGCUGUUCUUCGGAACAAGUUAUUUAGCUUCCAUUUGGGUGCGCAAGAUGCCGUACGAAUUGAACGAUCAGAAAAAGGUUGGUCUGGGUCUUAUCGGGUUCGGUAUAUUCUUCACCUUUCUUGCCGUAAUUCUGUUCUUUGACAGAGGUUUGCUAGCUCUUGGCAAUAUAUUUUGGCUAACAGGUGUAGCUCUUUUACUUGGUUUGCGUUCCACACUUCAGCUCUUCACAAAUCGAACCAACUACAAGGGCACAAUUUCAUUCCUUCUCGGAAUAUUCUUGAUCUUUGUCCGUUGGCCGGUAGUCGGCAUAGUCGUGGAACUUUAUGGCUGUUUUCUCCUUUUCAGUGGUUUCUGGCCCUCAAUCCAGGCGUUCCUUUACGAGAUUCCCGUAUUGGGCUGGAUUUUGCAGUAUCCUGUACUGCUUAUUAAUCAGUUAAGGAGAAGCUUUGGUUGAUCGCUACUAAGUUCUUCGAGUUGCUACACGAUGAGGGUCGGGGUGUGUGAUCCACGGGUCAUCUGCUUGCUUAAAACUUCUAACAGUGAUGUGAAUGGAGAAUUUUAACGUUUCUGGGGACUACUAUGGAAAGACGAGAAAAUUGCAAUAGGUACUUUAAUCUUUUCUAGCAAGUAAUUUGUGAUCCCAUGAUUAUAUUAACUUGUUCAUUUCAUAUUAUCUGAAAAUAGAACAAAAAAAUGGAUAAAAAAAUGGAAAUGUACUUAGUUUUAAAGGGAUACAGCACUUACUCUGAGAAAAUAUAGAUCGAUUUAAAAUUGAAACUCGUAGCAGUGGAAAGUCUUAUUAUUUGAUGUUUGGU